GAAGAAGAAGAAGAAGAAGAAUAAGAAGGAAAAGGAGCUAAAGAAAAAAAAAAGAAAAAAAAGAAAAAAAAAGGAGAAGAAGAAGAGAAAGAGGAAGAGGAAAACGACGCGAGACCGACGGGUAGCCGAUCUCGUGGCGCGCACAGUGGCAAGAAGAAGAUAGGGGAAGUUGAUAUCGUAGUAAGAGAGAGAGAGAAAGAGUGUGUGAGAGGGAGAAGGGAGAGCAAGUUGAGAACCAGUGGUGGGGAUGUAGUGUAAGAGGGAAGGUUUAGCUUGGUCGCAAGAGGUCGCUUCGGAGGUUGGUAUGAGCCCGCCCACCAGAACUGUGGCAUAGGGCCGAUUGGUCGAGAGAAAUGAUGGCAGGCGCGCUUGCCAAUCGAUAGCCGUCGGUAGACUCGCUCCUUCGGCUAUGGUCGCGUCGAUCCUUCUAAAGUGGGGGUAUUCUCGUAGACUGGAGGGAGCGUAGGAGCGAAGGGGUCGAGGGACGGACCGAGUUGUUCAGGGGUGGGGGGUGAGAAAGAGGAGUAGUGGAGGUAACAGCAGCAGCCGCCUCGGCAGGAAGUGAGCCCCGAGUGUUAGAGCCCAAGGCGAAACCCACGAAUGCUCAGACGGUUCUGUCCUUUCGUGGAGAGUGGAGGUCGGCUUCUUCUUUUCUUGUGUGUUAAUCUACGACGUGUGAGAAACGAAAGAAAAAAAAAAAAAAACGCGUGCCAAGCGUGUUGUAUUGUGCACACGCAGCGCCUCUCAUACGCAUCAUACACACGGAUACGGAUACGUAUUGUAUACACACUGAGAGAAAGAGAGAGAAGAGAAAGAGGGUGAGAGAGAGAAGAGAAGGAAGAGAAGAGAGAGAGAGAGAGAAGAGAAGAGAAGAGAAGAGAAGAGAAAAAUCGAGCUCCCUUGUGUUGAUGGUGUGAUCAUCGUCGGUGAAUAGUAGUAAGUAAGAGGCUUCGGUAUCACAAGGUGUCAACAACACGUCGUCGUUAUCUGUUAUUCUCUUCUGUGGCGUCGUCGAUUACGAGGACCGCCGGUGACGCGUCGUCAUCGUCGUCUCCUUCUUGUGGUGUUCCCUCAGUGUGUCAUUUACUUACUUUUUAGUGAGAAAUCUUUCUUAAUAUACGAAAACAACACAACGAACGAUAAUAUUAGACAUUGAAGAAAAGAAAGAAGAAGAGGAUAGAAGAAAAGAAAGAAAAAGAAAACAACAACAACAAUAAUAACAAUAAUUUUAACGAACGAGUAAUGCGCGCGCGUCAAUUCUACGUAUAAAGAGUGCGCGAAGUUUGUGAGGGAUUGUGAUUUGUCGAAAGAAAAACUCUUAAUAUCGGAUCAUUCAUAAUUUUAAUUUCGUUAUGAAAAGAAAAACAGACUCUAAGUGAAAUUCGGCUUCGAAGAAAGAGAUAUAGGGAGGGAGAGAUAGAUAGAGAGAGACACAGAGAGAGAGAGAGAGAGAGAGAAAGAAAAGAAAAAAAAAAGAACAAGUAGUGACCGGAACGCGCUACGGCUCAAGGAAAUCGAGAAGCGGCGCGCAGUUGUGCGCGAGAUCUCAUCGGCGGCGUGUCGAGGCUUUCUUUGACGUAGCACGGUUAAAGAAAACGGCGGCAAACUGUACGGCCACAGGGAGGACGACAUGCUCACGAUGGAGACGGACCUAAAAGGCGGUAGCCUGCAUGGUCAGAUGCCACCGCAUCCGCACCAAGGUGUAUCGCCGAUGGGUCACCAUACCGGCGUGUCGCCUUACGGAACACUAGGUUCCAUAGUUCAUAGUCCAGCCCUAUCCGGAAGUCCACCUAGCAGUAGUACCCUAGGAUUAGGUCUACAGCAUCAUCAUCAGCCGCAACAUCAUUACGCUUCAAUGCAGGCGGCAGCUGCUGCAGCCCAACAGCAGCAACAGCAGCAACAACAACAGCAACAACAACAACAGCAGCAGCAACAGCAACAACAAAACAUGCAUACCCUUGCGGCUCAGCAAAGUGCCGCACAACAGCAACAUCAUCCCCAUCAGCAACCGCAACAACCACAGCAGCAACAAUCCCAAAAUCAACAUCAUCAGCCACCAAAUAAUAACAAUAAUACAAAUAAGAACAAUAACAUAGACAGAGUAAAAAGGCCAAUGAACGCUUUUAUGGUCUGGUCCCGUGGUCAGCGGCGUAAGAUGGCUCAAGAGAAUCCCAAGAUGCACAAUUCUGAGAUAUCUAAACGCUUAGGAGCCGAAUGGAAAUUACUUAGCGAAACGGAAAAACGUCCGUUUAUUGACGAAGCAAAGCGAUUGCGUGCGGUGCACAUGAAAGAGCACCCGGACUACAAGUAUCGUCCAAGAAGAAAAACGAAAACACUUUUGAAAAAAGACAAGUUCCCGCUCGGCGGCGGUGUCGGAGGAGUUGGAGUUGGCGUUGGUGUCGGUGGCAUAUUGGGGGUCGAUCAAAGACAAGUCGGUAGUACGGGUGGGCCCCAGCAAGGACAGAUAUCCCGAGAGGUCUAUCAGAUGCCUAACGGAUAUAUGCCGAAUGGUUAUAUGAUGCACGAUCCGACGGCCGCUGCGUAUCAGCAGCACGUUGCCUAUGGUGGUCACAUGGGUGGAGCGGCGGCAGCCGCGGCCGCUGCUGGAUAUCCAAGAUAUGAUAUGGGACAUCAUAUGGGUGGUGGCAGUCCACCAAUAAACAGUUAUAUGAAUGGAUAUGGUGGUUACGCUGGAACCACUGUACCCGGCGGCUCACCUUCGCCCUAUCAUCAGCCUCAAUCUGGAUCCCAAAUGUCCAGCCACAGUCCUAGCGGCAGCAGUAUAAAAUCUGAGCCAACGAGUCCUGCGAGUGCGGGUAUACAUACUCCCACACCUACCAGCGGACCGGGCGCCUCGAGCGCAGCGUCUGGUCCGCAACAGCAGCAACAGGCGCAACAACAACAAGCUGCUGCUGCUGCUGCUGCCGCCGCCGUUAAACGUGAAUAUAUGGGCCAACAAACCCAUCAAACUCAUCAAUCUCAGGGAGAUCUUAGACAGAUGAUAUCCAUGUAUUUGCCGCAAGGCGUCGACCAAGGGGUCGUCCAACAUGGUGCUGGUGUCUAUUCUCCUGGUCCAUCACCGGAUCCUUUGGCGCAACAUCAUUCGAUACCACCUCUCAGUCAUAUGUCUGAAAGUGAUCGAAAAAUGUUGAAUCCAGAAACCGGUUGUUAUUCGGAAUCCGUACGAGCAUGGUAUCAAUGCCCGGAGGAAACAUACAGGAUGCCCGUGGACUAUUAUAGUGCCAGAUCGACUUCGUCUAGGAGAUACUUCGUUAACGAUUAAGAUAACUUCGACGAGUAUCAGGAAAAUGGUGUGGGUGGUGUGGGUGGUGUGGGUGGUGUGAGUGCGUGUGUGCGUGCGUGUGUGUGCGUGUGUGUGUAUUUGACGAAACUGACGAUAUAAUUAACGUAUAUACGAUGUAUAACGUAACUCGGGUGAUUCAAUUUAAUAGAUUAUAUAUUAAACGAUGUAAAUAUCGGUGUGCAAUAAGUCGAUACUUCCUCGUUUAUGAUAGGCGAGAAAGUCCUUGUUAUUAUCACCGUUACGGUUAGCAUUACGAACCAUUAUCGUUACGGAGCAUCGCUUAUCAUUAUCGUAUCUGCCGUGGAGAGGAGGAACUCGUUGAAUUAUUCAUGCGGCGUUUAUGACGGAAUCUUUUUUCUUUUUUUUCUUCUUUUUUACUUUUUAUUAGAUUAAAAGUGUGAAAGAGAGAGAGAGAGAGAGAGAAUGAAACAGAGAGUGUAUGAGAGAAUACGAGAGAGAGAGAGAGAGAAAGAGAGAGAGAGAAAGAGAGAGAGAAGUACGUAGAGUGAAUGAGAGGGUCGCGCGAGUCUCGGGUAACCGUUCGCGCGCUUCGUUAUAAAUCAUCGCAUGACGUAUGUACAUACGUUAAGGAGCCAACUCAGAUUUUCUUUCCUUCCUUUUUUUCCUUUAUUUUUCUUUUCUUUUUAUUUUUUUCUUCCUCGAGCUCCUUCACUCGCGAAAGAAGAAUCCUUUGCAUAUCGAAGAGCGAUGCGACCAUUCCGAGAAGACCGAAAAAGACACAUAUAGAUAUGCAUAUAUAUAUAUACAUAUAUAUAUAUAUAUAUAUGUAUGCAUAUAUGUAUGUAUGUAUGCGUUCACAACCACCCAUUAUGAAAACACAGAAACACACAUUAUAGCGUCUUCGUGUUAACAUGUAUAUUUCUUCUGUAAAUAAAUUAUUCGUGAUAAUCGCUGCGAGUGAUGCGACACAUAUUUUAAUUAUCGUUUGAUUAUUACCAAACCGAGUUAUAAUAUCCUCGGCCUAGCGAUCGACACGACUGUCUUACAAUUGAUAUAGAUUUAUUAUUAUUAAAUAAAAUAUUAAUGUAGUAAGAUUAGUAGUACAUGCUCGUUGAUUUAUCGUGAAACGUUUCGUUGUAAGCCGAUCUCUCGAGAUAAAUCGUAGGUGAUAAGGGAGUAUCGAUUUUACACGAAGGAGGAGAUCGAUUUAAAUGAACGAGUUACGCGAUAAGAUGUGUUACAUAAAAGAUUCCCGUGAGUGAGAGGAGAACCCGAGGAAUCGAUCCUGUAACAGCAUGGAUAUAAACGAAAAUAGUCGGCGAACGUAACGAUCAACAUCAAGGAACAUGUUUAUUCGAUCUAAAAUAUGAGUUAAAGAAAGGAUUCAACUAGGAGCGAACGAACAUAAGUAAAUUUUUACCUUUCAUGCGAAAUAACACGUUCACGUGUCUCGUUCAACAAUUCGCACGUAUGAUCGCAAUAAAGGCCGUGCAAAGAUAACAAUAGACGAGCUUUUGUUGUUACUACGAAUAUUUCCCUACAUUUGUAUCAUAAUCGAGAAUUAAUUCUUUCAUUAUGAAACUUUUAAAAAGCAUCGGAUUCAUUCUGAUAAUAAACAUGUAAAACGUAAACAUGUAAAACGAUAAUCCUAACGUUGAUAAGAAAGGUUAUGAAAUUAAAAAGAAAACAAAAAAAAAAAAAAACAAAAAAACAAAAAAACAAAAAAAAAGAAACAAAAAAAAACCAAAAAAAAAAAAAAAAAAAAAAAAAAAACAAUGAAUUUAUUAUUUAUAAUUACAAACAAGAAUAUCACAAGAUCUGUCUAUAAUAUACAAUUUGAAGAUUUUCCUUGUAAAAUCAAGAGAUCAUCGUUAAUCGGCGUAUCAUUUUCUCACCAGCCGUUUCCCUUCUCCCCUUUAUCUUUUAGAUCUAGUCUAUCGAGCUAGUAAAUUGCUACACGCGUGUCGUGCAUGCGAUACACCGUGCAAGGGUUACACGACGACGAUACGCGAAAGACGAUGGAUUGGACUCUCGUCACACGCUUGACACGAGCCAAUAAUUACGUAAAUAACGAACACGGGUAUUAUAUAUCAAAAUUUGAUGGAACAUCGAAGUCAAACAAGAUUAUUCGUACAAGCGAUUACAUAUUUUCAUUUUACGCUACAUUUGUUUCUCCUUUCAAUAUUUCAAUAUUUUAAGAAAACAAAAUUAUGAAGCUACGUUUUAAUAAUGAAAUUAUUAUACGAUAAGGUAAUGAUUAUUUGAAGGCGGCUAAAAGUGCUUUUCAAAAUCGAAUGACUUUCGAUCCGUGAUAGGUCCUCGUUAAAAAGGAAUUGGUUCUUAAAAAAAAAAAAAGAAAAAAGAAAAAAGAAAAAAGAAAAAAGAAAAAAAGAGACUAACAACAACACUUGGCCGAAGUAAGUGAGAGAAGGUGAGUCAACACAACAGUUUAGAUCCCCGAAACGCUCUGGAGCAUGGAGGUGCCGAUAAUUGCUUAAUUGACGUGGGCUCGUCGAUAACCAUCGGUAAGUGUAUUAACUCGCUCAGGUUUACGUCGGCUAUCCGAGUAAAGAAAGAGAGAAGUUUAUAUGAAAAGAGAAUGAGAGAAUGAGAGAAACGGAAAAAGAGAAGUAGACGGACGAAGCCUCUCUGCUCGAAUCGAGAUACUCCAAAAGGUAUUCGUGUAUAUGUCUCUGUGUAUGUAUAUAAUAUACGUGAAUGCGUCAGCCAAGGUGUCUUCUUUUCUCUCGACGAACAAGGCCUCGUUGUAGAGAGGCGUUGGAACUCUGGCAAAGAGAGUCACGAUCUCUCUCUCUCUCUCUCUCCCACCCUUCCUCCCUCCCUCUUCCCCCCUCCUCUCUCUCUCUUUCUGUCGUUCUCGCGAUUUCGCUCUUAACCGAUACAGCAGAAGAUAUUAGAGAUGCGAGAUAGCUUUAUUAAAGGUGAGGCGAUGCCAGCGAGAGACAUCACCGAGUGCCGGUCGCUUUGAUCACACGCAUUAUGGUGACUGUCCCCUCUCUCUCUCUCUCUCUCUCUCUCUCUCUUCCUCUCUUUCUCUUUUUCCUCUUUACACCCUUCCGUUCCGAAAACUCAAUCUCGUCGGACGAGACACCUUCCUGGCUUCGUUUUCAGUCCCCCAUCGAGGAUCUUUCCGAUGAUUGAUGCUUUAGAAUUCGUAAUUAAAUUAAAUAUUAAAUUGAAAUUUUUUUGUUUAUCAAAAGUCGUACAAUUUGUUCUUCUUCCUCUUCUUUUACCAUAACAUUUCUCUCAUUGUAAAAGAUAACUCGUGUAAAAUUGAUCUAUGAUCGAUAACGUUUUAUUGGCCUAGUUCAGGUCAAUUAUUUUCUCUUUCAUUUUUUUUUUUCUUUUUCUUUUUUUAUUGAGUUAAAUUUCGAUUUUAUUUUGACGAAAAAGGAAAAGGCAAUAAAUAAAUAAAUAAAUAAAUAAAUAAGUAAAUAAAUAAAUAAAUAAAAUAUCAAAGCCUUUUUGUGAUUAUCAGGACGAAUAUUGGCCCACCUUAUAUAACAAAGCGAGACGAUCGAAUAGCGUCGAUGACGCGAGGACAAUAGGGGCCCGCGUGGACAUAAAUAGCAAGAUCGGUUCCUCGGGCACGCCUCCGAUUAAAUUAGGAACGCUUCGCGUGGCAAAAAGCGAUCGGAACGUUCUCGAGUGGGUGUCGGCGACCGUGCGGAAGUUCAACACCAGGCUGACGAAGGUGUUGCGCCUCGAUUGCGGCCGCGAAGUGAUCCUUCGAGUCGGCCUCCAUUACUACCACCUUUACCUCCUCCUUUUUCUAUCAUCUCGAUUAAGAGUGAUCAGUAGACUAAAUUAAAAGACUAACGAUCAAUAUUCUAUACAUAUUUUACGAAUCGAUAUGAUAUCUACGUGUAUGUAAAUAUGUCUGUUCGUUUCUUUUUCCUUUUUUUUUCUUAUUAUAUAUUUAAUAAAUAUCUUAUCAAGUCUGAAAAUAAUAAAUAUUCCCGAUGUUUGAAAACAUUUGAUAUAAAUAAAGUUAAUGAACGAAAAAGUUUGAAGAAGGAAAAAUAGAAAAAAGAAAGAAAAAGAUAAAUAUAACUAUUCGUUUGUAUUAAAUCUAAUCUCUCUUCGCUUAAAUAACACGAAAAUGUCGAUGAAAAUAACAGGUGAGUGAGUGAAGGAUCGAAAGAGGAACGAUAAUAUAGACGAUAUUGUCAAGGGGAAUCGAAAGCAAAGCGACUUUGUUACGGGUCAGAAACAGCCGUUCGAUCCAUACUCGAGGAUCGUUUUUACGUGUCGAUCACGGACAAAAGGAUCAUGAUCCUCUCGCGUUAGAGAUCGGGAACGUCGGCUUGCGAAAGCUGGCGACUUACACUACUCCUUCGCGCGUUUUCGAUUCGUUCGUGGAACGAUCGAUGAGAGAGGGUUGUGUUGGAGAUAGAGUGAGAGAGAUAAAGAAAAAGAAAAAGAAGAAAGAUAUCGGACCAUGUCUCUUCCUCUUUUCUCCUACGCGUCUUCGUUCGACUCACCAUCGCCGAGUCAUCGUGUAAUGACGGUGCCGGCUGUCAGACCACGAGCGCACGAUUCGAAGGCACGAAACGAUCGCAACGGCGGCGGCGGCGGCGGCGGCGGCGGCGGCACCGCCUGAACGCUCGAUAUCUCGAACGUCAUCUUUACAACUGGUGGACGUAAAGGUGAACGCAGCUUCUCGGAAUCCUUGAGAGAUCGAUAGCGACGAAACGAUAUCGUUAUCGUUAAAUUCCUAUAACGAUGCAAAACACGAUUAAAUUAAAGGGAUACGAUAACGACGUUUGAUUAAAUCGAAAUUGGAAAUGAACGAUUUUCUCACCUUAACUAAUUCACGUGUAUAUCUUUAUCUCUUUUUCUCUUCAAAAUGUUUUAGGACAUUCGAUCGAUAUCGAUGAAAGCACACGAGGCACGAUAAUAUUUUCUAAAGGAUACUUCUCUUUUUUUUUAUUAUCUUUGAUGUUUACCCACUGUGUUCGAUAUACGAAGAAAGAAAAGAAAAAAAAGAAAAAAAAAAAAGAAAAGAAAAAAGAAUAAAAAAGAAGAGAAAACAAAAUCAGAAAGAAAGAAAGAAAGAAAAAAAGAAUUACCUAAUCUGAAAAUUGAAUGUUUCCAAAAGUAAGAUAACGUUCGCGUUUUUGUGGAAACCUGUAAUUUGCGAAUUUAAAGUCUUUCUCUCUCUCUCUCUCUCUCUCUCUCUUCUUUUUUUUUCAUUUCCUUCUUUCUUUCUUUCUUCUUUCUCUCUUCUUUCUCUAAUUUUUUAAGAUACGAUCUACGAAUAUCGUUCGUACGAUUUAUAUAAUGGAUAUAUACAAACGUAUUAAAGUAGAUCAUCGACGAUUAUCGAUAAAGAUUUACAAGUGUUAAUUACUAUUCGAUCGGAAGAUUUUUCGUGAGGUGCCAUCGUUCAGCGUGAAAAAUAUUAGAUCACGGAGGAAGGUAAACCAUAAGAUCGGAAUAGACUCAAAGACCAUUACGACUGUUAGGAAACCAGCAAUUUCCGAAUUAGAACCAGUCACGGAACUCGAGAUAUACAGGUAUCGGCCGCACAGGUGUGGCUUCUCGACAGUUUCGAAUAAUACAGGUGCGUGCAAUCGAAAACAAAUAUUUGAAAUUCUCUUUAAUAUUUAUCAUCGAUUUUUUUUUUUUUUCCAUUUCAUGAUCAGAGAUAA